UGAAUAGAGAUGGAAGCAGUGUUGUAGAGUAGAUAGAACUAAUGGCAGUAUAAUCACAUAAACAAAGAUAGCACAAGACUUAGGAGAUACCUAAAACAAAGACGAUUAUAGUGUUAGUGAGGUGUUCUUUGUAUUCUUGUUGGUUUAUUUGAGAUUCAUUUUCCUUUUUCGAAUUUGUUCAGUUGUUUGAAUAAGAGCUGGCGCUGUAAGAGUCAUCUAUUGUUUUUGAGAAAACGCUGUUUUCAGUCUGUGACCGGAGAGAAGUGGCGUCAUCAAUAGUAUUGUUUAAUGAAAAAUGACGAUGGCGGCUACUCAGAUUAAGGGUAGUGGAUGGCCUCGAAGAGCAAGUCAGAGUACUCCUUUUGAUCAAAAAUUUGUAACAAAUCAGUCAAUUACCAUCAACAGAACAAUAAACCUAUAUCCUUUGACAAAUUACACAUUUGGCACAAAGGAACCUCUAUUUGAAAAGGAUCCUUCUGUGCCGGCAAGGUUUCAGCGGAUGAGAGAUGAGUUUGAAAAGAUUGGAAUGCGCCGUAGCGUGGAGGGAGUCCUCCUAGUUCAUGAACAUGGUUUACCUCAUGUGUUGUUGCUACAGUUGGGAACAACAUUUUUCAAACUGCCAGGUGGUGAAUUAAAUCCAGGAGAAGAUGAAGUGGAAGGACUGAAAAGGCUUUUGACAGAGACUCUUGGCAGGCAAGAUGGCGUGAAACAGGAUUGGGUCAUUGAGGAUACAAUAGGCAACUGGUGGAGGCCAAACUUCGAACCGCCACAGUACCCCUAUGUCCCCCCUCACAUCACUAAACCAAAAGAGCAUAAGCGUCUUUUCCUUGUGCAGUUGGCAGAGAAGGCUUUGGAUCGAGCAGGAAGUUUGACGUCACAAACUCAGAAUUUUUUUAUAUGUUCACAAAGAAGGCAACUUUAUUAUUGUUAUUUGUUUAUACAUUAUUAUUUUGCUGUUGUAUAGUAAUGUGCCAAAUUUAUUUUAAUUAAAACAAUACAAUUUGGAAUAAAGUUUUUGCUGUUGCAAUUCCUUUGCUUUUGUAUUCAUUUUGUUUCUUUGCGUUCGCUCAUGUUGUGCUUUUAUUUUUAUUUUACUCAGUCAUGUAUUAAGUUGUGUUCUCUAUACAGAAGACUGUCCACCAAACACCAAUGUAUUGUUACUAAUUUUACGUAUGUGUAAAUUAGUUUAUUUCAGUUUUACCUCUAAUAACCGAUUGAUAAAAGAUAAAACUAAACUCAUCUAGUGUCAUAGAAAGUUUUUAUUAUAGAAAAAUAAUAUUAAUUUAUGAAACUGAUUUGUUUAAUUGAUACCCAGUCAUUCGCCAUUGAUAAACAUUGGAAUCAAAGCAAAUUAUUAUAAUUUGUUUUUGAGAAUCUGGUCAUUGCUCAGCUGGCAAAAAAAUUUCUACCCUGUAUAGAAUCCGAAGGUUUAUUGCUGUGCUCAUGUUUGAGAGUCUGCCACUGGAUCCUAUCUGGAGCCAGAUGAAUCCUGUUUCUUAAAGAUCUAUAAAUAUUUGUUGUAAUACUUUGUGAUUAAUUCUGAUAAAAUGUUAAAAAAAAAGAGGACUUCUGUUAGCGUUCUUCUGAACAUAUUGUUCUAUUAAAACUGUCUUUCACAUCAAAUUAGAGAACUGUAAUGAAGUUGUCUUCUUUGAUAAUAUGAAGACUGUUAAUUGAAGGAGAUGCAGAGGAGCGUCACAGACUUCAAUUCCAACCUGUUUGAAACAUGUAACAUGGUUAUAUCCACUGUAUGGCUAAGGUGAUCAUACAGAAUGUAUCAUAAAGUAAAUAUUGGUUGUUCCUUUUUGUUCAGGUUCUGAAAAGUCUGGAACACAUUUACAUACACUUGAAUUUAUUGUUUAUUCCAAUUGUAAUCAGAAGUUUGUUUUUUCUUCUGUUCUGAUUACUGUGUAUAAAUAUAAGUGAUAUUUCAUUGUGCUGUUAAUUUUAUAUAUGCCCUUAGUAGUGUCAUACUUUAUCUCAUAACAGCUUGCAAACAUGAAAUGUUAUAUCAUUUGUAAUGUAAUACACAAAUAUGUUUGUUUUCAAGUGAUACUAAGCUGUGUGUUUGUUAAUUUUGUUCUGUACUAGAUGUUACUUUUGUCAUGUGUAAACAGAUGGUUCAUUUCUGCACUUUA